AAAAAAAGAAGUGUUACACAGAUAGUGUUUUAGACUUAUCAUGUUAUCUAAUAGUCAACCGCAUGUGGUAAAAUUUGGAAACUUAUUUAAGAGUCAACCGCAUGUGGUAAAAUUUGCUACCAGCAUCCCUUAAUAUAUGUAACUAUUCAUUAUUGUAAAAUCAUUUGAUAAUGACAUCCUUUUAAACUUGUACUCAACGGUUGCUGAAUAGGGAAAUUAUCAAAAAUGAUGCUAAAAUUGUUACUCCUCCUUUUUGUGCUCAACAAUCCCCCAACUAAACACUAAAUCGGAUCACAAACUUGGCCAAGGCCAAGGACAUGUGCAACUAAUUUCCAUCUAAAGCAAUUCAGCAAAAGGCCAAGUCUUUUGGUUAAUACUGAAAUUAGAGUGUUGUAUCGAUGGCUACCGACGCAAAUUCAGAUCAAAAUACCACAGCCAAAAGUGUGCUGGUACCGGAGAUUGGGCCAGAUGGCAUUGCUAGAGAAUCACCUGUCAUUGCUUACACCGAGAAGAUAAUUAUGGAAGAGCAACUUCAAUUAAGAAAAUAUAUUGAUGAAAAUUACUCCAAGAUCCGUGAUGUUGAGAAGGAACUGGCAAACCUGACAAUGGAGAUGAAACUUACAGCUGGGCCUAAGAAAGCAGCACUUGAACACAUGAGAAAGAAAAUAGAAAUGUCAACAGAGAAAAUCCGUAUUGCUAAGCUGAAGGAAGAACAAGCACGAAAGGCAUGGGAAGAAGCAUCAAAAGCUGUUAAAGAUGAGGAGGAUUUCAAGCAAAAACUUUGUGAGGACUUGAAUAAUCUGGUUCGUGAAAGUAGUAGCAGUCAGCUCGCUAGAUUGGAGGAACUGAAAAGGAAGCUGGAAGCUUUAAAUCCGAGCAGAGAAUCCACGUCCCCUACCUUGGAUCUGAAUCCCGUGGGACCUGCACCGAGCAGUAUGACUCGUGAUGUUUCUUCAGUUCAAGGUACACAAGAAUCAUCAAAUGGAUCAUCUGAAACUACAUUGAAAGAAGGAAAUGCUGCAGCAGAAAAUGGACAAAAACAACAACCUGAAGCAAGAGGGAAGAAGAAAUUUAAUGCCCAAGGAAGAGGCAAGGGAAUUGGCAUAAUGCCUAAAGGUAGAGUUUCAGCACCACCUGGUUGGACGGGGGCUGGGUUUGAUGUGGAUGGGAGAAGUUGAUCACAGUUAAGUUUUGAUAAAAAAGAGGAAAAAGAUUGGAGGCCAUGUCGUGACUAAAUGGGCCUAGUCGAGCUUCCCUGAUUGUACUAGCUUAAAAGCUACAUUGUGAUUUCGAGUUCGGUUUGUUGAAGGAAUAAGGAAUAAACUGGUUGAGUGGAGCUUUGUUUCAUGAACAUAUCAACUCAUCUACUUCUCAGUGGUACAGAACGCCUACCUUGUUAAAUAUGGUUCCCGAGAUCAAUAAGAUAACCUUUUAGAUGUGACUCUUGUUCGUAGCUCAUUAUCUACAGAUACAUUUAUACUUGGAAAUAUCAUGUGACCGUACAUCAAACUAACUGCAAGAACUGCUGUAUUUGUGCCAACAGAGGCUGUAAUAUAUGGUGUCAAAUAGGAGUGCUGGUAAAGACUGUAUAAUAUGCUGUUAGUAGAUGAUAAGUAGUCAUGCUUUUGCUCAAGGCACAACAAAUCUCUUCUCCUUGUUUUUUGUUGAUUUUGAAGUAUCAAUUCUUUUUUCUUUUUAGGUAAAAGAGGUACUAUAAUAUUACACUAUACUGUUGUUCUUGUUUAAGAAUUUCAUUGCAUGACUAGGCUCUGUUGCUACCCUCUCCUGCUGUUGUCCAUUUGCCAUUUAUUAUAGUGGUCAAGUGUAAGUACAUUGCAUUA